AUGCUGGCCCCGCCCAAGCCGCGGCCGCCGCCGCACCGCUCCUUAUGCCUGCGCAUUACUUUCAGCUGCUGUACCUUUGUGACUCUGGCAUUCCUCGGCCUGAUCGCGGCCGAAGCAGCGGCGGGCGGGAAACCAUCGUGCGAGCACCCCAUGCUGACUUUUAUCGACGCAAAAGCGCAAAGGCAUCUUCCAGCACCAGUUGCGCCAGCCGCCACUGCUUCGUGGCCGCGGAAGGGCUUUGACCUGAACCGCACUUCGUCAUCUCCAAGGGCCGCAGCGCGCGAUCUGAGCGCUCCCGCGUGGAGCUUCUUUGUCGGCUCGGUGACAUACGCCACUCCAGUCAUUGAUGCCACUGGGAACAUCUUCGUCGCGUCAACGUGCGGCGCGAUAAUAUGCAUCAGUCCAGAGGGUCGCGUGCUCUGGACCUAUCAUAUGGGGUGGGUAUACCCGUCCUCCCCUGUCCUUCUGCAGGGCUCACUCUUCGUCUCCGACGGGGCGGGCAAUGUGUACGCGCUCGACGCUGCGACUGGGCAUCCUCGGUGGAUUCGCCAGUUCGCGGGGAGUCGCGGAACGCUAGACGCUUUCUCUCUGGCUGGCGAUGAAGGCAUUCUCGUUGCAACAACCUGGUCCGGCGAGCCAGGGGCACCAACGGACGGUGCGACGGGAGGACAGUUGCGCGCCCUCGCGCCUCGCACCGGCGAAGACCUGUGGGUGCACGAGCUGCCCUCGUCGACGUACAACCACAUGCCGAUCAUUACGAGUCGAGCAGUCAUCUAUUCCGACACCGAGGGGGCGCUGUGGUGCCUCGAUCGCAGCAGCGGUGCCAGAUUGUGGAGCACGCCGCCAAUCACCCUCCCGCAGACAGGUCCCGCUUCCCUACCCGCGCAGCACGACGGGUCAUAUCACGAUCUUGCAGACUCGCUUGGCGGCACGAGCAUCUCGCACGGAGGGCUGAUAUACGUCACCGGCAACGCCGACUGGUACACGGGCGUGGCACGCGCCUACCAAGAGACGUCGCUCGAACUCGCGUGGGAGCAUACCUUCCCCGAGCUCUCCCUCGUGGCCAACGCCGCAGCGAUCUCCACGAUCGCGGGCGUCCCCACGCUUGUUCUUGGCGUCGGGCUGACGCCACCUCUUGGCCUCUCAUACUUGCUCCACCCGGGCGCUCCGGAGGAUAGUGAUGGCUACGCCAGGUUCGACGGAACUUAUCGCGGCAGGGUGGUGGCGCUGCACGCGACCACAGGCGCGGCGCUUUGGACCUUUGAUACGCCCCCCUACAAUGGGUGGAUGCCCGCUGGCCAGCGGCCUGCAUGGCGCGGGCUUCCGGCGCGCAUCAACUUUCCAGAUUCGUUCGCCUCCCCCAUGGUUGGCGCGGACGGGGUUGUAUACAUCUCGUAUGCGAAUGGCGUGCUCUACGCCCUAAAUGGCACCGACGGCAGUCUAAUCUCCUCCUUCCAGGGCGAGAGUGCGCAGGCCGAGCCCGCCGUCGGCCCUCACGGCGAGCUGGUCGUGAUGAUGGGCACGACGCUGCAAGUGUUCAAGGACCCUUGA